AUGGAGUACGACACCUCAAGACGCUGUUUGUCUCACAGCCUAUCAUACCCGAACUACACCUACGAACGUAAUGCUCCCCUAGCGCUAUCUCACAGCACGAGAGAAAACCCGCGCGGUUAUCCUAUAGGCGGUAUGCACAGCCGAGCUAGCAUGGAAGAUUCUUUGAUGGGAACCGGGCCAGCGAGACGUCGCAUUGCUGUAGCGUGCGCACGGUGCCGCAAGAGAAAGAUCCGAUGCAGCGGUGAUCCUGGAAAUGGCACUGGUUGUGCAAACUGUCGACAGGCCGGGGUAGAUCCAACGCAUUGCCAAUUUCACAGAGUGGGAUCCGACGCUGUUCAUAAGGUGAUAGAUGACAGGAACAUGGCUUAUAGCCUUAGUGGUAUGGCCAGUGGCAUGGCUAGUGCGCACAACAUGAUGUCCGUUUACUCUACAGGAAGCAACAGCGCUCUUUAUCAACGCCCGAUAUCGGCUCAGCAAUACCAGCAGCUCGACACAAAGCCAAUGUGCUCGUCUAAUUGGACCAUACCUUAUUCCGAUGACACGUCGCCAGUUGACACUUACAGUCUUGAGCAAUCUCAGGCAUACAUAUCUCAGUCUACAGCAGUAGCAAACACAAGCAUAUAUUCACCUUCAUUUCGCUGGACUCAGCCGACGACAAAGGCUAUCCAACAGGGCGGCACAUACUUCGACCAGGGCUUGCAUUUCCCUCAUACAAACCAUCGACUAGCUACGUCUUCGGAUAUAUCCCCGCUCAAUACCGGGCUGUCGUCUCUGCAUUUGUCGUUACCCGAGAAGGCCCGUACGCAACGAUCCCUUCCUCUAGAAUCCAGUGUACCUCGGAGGCAACUCCCGAUGCCGCAGCCCAGCCCAGCACAGACCAAUCGUAAUGUUGUAGACCAGAUGCAGGAUGCUCGUCUUCGCUCUGCUCAGGCAAUCGGCACCUCUGCUGUGGACAGUAGGGCCUCAUUCGCGAAACCUUCACUACCCUGGGCCAACGACAUUGAAAAUCACACAAAUUCAUCCGCGGCCAUACCGGCAGAUGCUUUUACGCAAGCGAUAUCCCCAGUCGUGCCAGACAAUGCGGAGAGUAGAAUAGGCUAUCUGCCGAACACAACAUCCACUGCUGAUGACACAAUAACAACAACCACUGCAUCCCAUCUGGAGCUCAACUUCAGCACGUCUGGUCUCCUCGAUGCGAUGAGUGCACCAGCGCCAGCUACAAACUACUCUUAUGUACGCGAAAGUCGUCAGAUGGCACGACCAAGUUCCCAGACGAAUCUAUACAGCUAUAGCCCCAGUUCUCCAUCAAAGCGAAACUCAUUAAGUGGUGAGUCUGCGAGCGAUUGCGCACUCGUGAGCGGUCAUCACUAUACGCCUCUCAACCACUCUCAGUUGCAGAGCUCACCUGGAAAUCGCAGCUUGCAUCACGAGUCAUACCAAAGCCGGAACGUGCAGCUCCAUCGCACUUCCAUGGGGAGCCUCAAUAGCACUUACUGA